AUCGAUGAAUCUAUUCAAGUAUUGAAUUUGUUCAAGGAUAUGGGCAUUGAAUGAUAUGAAUAAAUCCAUUAUAUACUAGGUAUUCAUCGAUCUACAUUUUCUUAUUCAAAAAACGCCUAAGUUAUCAUACGUAUUUACGAGGUACAUAAGUUCUCCAGGUUAUCCGUACCUAAUGCCCGUAUUCCAUGCGGAUCAACCAAACAAUUCCUUUUUUAGUUGUGUGCCUUAGACUUACUUUUCCAAGACCCUAAAGCAUUAAAAAGCAAUAUAUACCAAAUACAACAAUAUGGCGGAUGACGAGUUUUCGCCCGCGAAACUUGGCUCUAUCGAGAAGACCUUUGCCGGUUCGUCUUUCCUCGAGGCAUUUCAUGAAGAGUCAUCUGGACGCAUAAUAUCCCAAUUUGUCCGGCAUAUGAUAAUAGAUCAACCUGGGAUCGACACACGAAUAGAGGGCGGCCCCUACAAUAUCGCACAGACAGUUCGAUUAGGCCUGGCUUCAUUAUACGCCUUCCUGCAAGCGAAUGUUACGGGUCCAGUUCUCGAAAGGUCUAGCGCAGUUGAAGCUAUUUUCCUUUCAAGUUUUGCGGAGACAAAGUCUCCAAACGACCAGACGAACGGCAGCGUCGAGGCGCCCAUAUUAUCUUUUAGGAGAAUUUGCCUCAGGUCUCUCGACGUGGACGGGGUUUCUCCGUAUCCCUAUAUACCUCAUAUCGAGUUAUUCUGCUUAUCUCGCUUUAUAUUCACAUCUGGUGUUAUAUUGCCCAUCGAGUUACCUGAAGUCUGGUCUGACCCACGACAAUCUCUUUCACUUCAUUUAUCCUGGACUCGUCUAAGGAUUCACCUCUGGCACUAUAAGCUCAUCUCUCAGCCAUCAUUAGGCCCUGGAUCAUUAUUCACCAAAAGUGGUCGUUGGACAGAUGUACCAACCCUCCAGGAACGCAUAGAAAAUAGUCUCAUAGAGGCCGAAUCUUCUAUCAUCGGUCCAACCGAAAUAGAUGAAGACUCAGAGAAAUCACAAUGGCCUCAGGAAUCUCGUGUGCAGUUCCGUUUGGAGGAGGCGGCUUGUCAUUUAAUGCUUGGGAACGAUACAAACGCCCGGAAGGCAUUGCAGUCGGCUACGGAUAUCAGUGGCUUUUCCUACGCACUCUCUGGUGCCCUGGGGAAACGGACAAGAUUUCAGGAGAAGAACACUAGUCAGCUCAUCGUGCUUGCUAAGAGCCAUGCACGAUCUCACACGGCAUCCGACCAGCGCUUCGACGUAGCGCCCGUUGCACUUCCGCUAAAUGACGAUACAUUAUUAGAGAAUAUCCAGUUCGAUAAUGGUCAGGCCGAUAAAUCAGCUUCGGAUCUUCCAGCUGAAUUGCGAGAUAUCAAUCCGGAUGGCCAACCGCAACUUUGUCCAGAAGAUCAUAUCAUACUCCUGACUGAAGCUACAAUGAGAGAUACUUUCUCUCCCGCCGACUCAUUGACUUCCGAAGAAAUCUUACCCUUUGCUCAACGAGUGAUCGAUGAUAAGUCGACUAACUGGCAAACAUAUACCCAAGCGCUACUGGUACGAUCGCGGAUUGAACUCAACAGAAGUCGCACGAUCGAACGUGCCGUCUUACAGAUGCAAGCGCUUGUAGACCAGGUUAUCGUCGAGACGCAAGAGUCUGAAGGUUUGGCGAACAAGCCUCAUGGUGAUAGCAAUAGCACAGCGACUGAAUAUAGUAUUCCAAUCAUCCAAGUCACCGCUGAACACCAACCAGGCCAGUCGGCUGACGUUCAAAAACCAACCUCAUUCCUCCCAGCUCCCAAAACCUCCGAGUCAGCAUCCCCACAAGAGAGGCUGCGGUAUGUAAACUCUUUAUCCUCCCCUCCUCGUUGGCAUCUAGAGUCGGAGCUCGCUUAUGCUUGGACUUCUGUUGGAUCUCUUGUUUCGGCUUUGGAAAUCUUUAAACGGUUACGCCUUUGGGCGGAAGUCGCGUUAUGCUUAGCAAGCAGCGCAUCUACCGAUGACCCAGACGGUCGAGGAAGCGGGGGCGAGGAAAAGGCUCGGGCCGUCGUACGGUGGCGAUUAUUCCACCGCACCUACUAUGUUGACGCUGACGCCAAAUCAAAGGGCAAUAUUGACCUAGAUGACGCUGAAGUUGAUAUCUCGUCUCUCAAAGCGGCCGACUUCUAUGGUCCGGAACGCUCACCCCCACCCCCUAAUUCUUCCAGAUUGUUUUGUAUACUGGGUGAUAUCGAAAACGACCCUCAACAUUACCACCGUGCGUGGGAGAUCUCCAACCGACGUUUUGCGAGGGCGCAGAGAUCUCUGGGCGAGCUUCACCUUCAAAAGCAAGAAUGGAAGGAAGCUCGAGAAGCAUACCUCCUCGCCGUUGGCGUUAAUAGGUUAAGCCCGGAGAUGUGGAAUAGACUCGGCGACAUCGAGCUGCGCCUCGGAAAUUUUCCCGAUGCAGCUGAGGCGUUUCAGAGGGCUAUAUCAACGGCGAACAAUACUUCCGGGGGCGAGGAUGCGAGGACCUGGAGCAACCUUGGAACGGCACUUUUAAGCUGGUACCGCCAGAUCAUCUCGGAGAAAAAUGGCCGCCAAGAAAAGCUCGGUAAGAGUGGCUCUGACGUCUUAGACGAUAUGGUGAGCACAAAGCGGGCAGCUGAACUUGGAAAGUCUGGCCACAAAUUACUACAGGACUCCUUAAUCGCCUUCAAGCGUGGCGCUACGCUUGCAGAUUCGAACUGGCGGAUCUGGGAUAAUGUCAUUACCCUAGCAGCUAGCCUAUCUCCGGAUCCUGAUCUAGACGAUGUGGUGCUUGGUGUGAGAAAUGUGAUCCGUAUCCGCAAGACAGAAGAGACAUUAGACAUCGACAUCCUUACCCUCCUAGUCAGAGAGGCGACUAAAACGCCAAUACCUAGCAGCAAUGAAGGUGAACCGAAGAUCUACGAUCCCAGAAGAGGCACUAUUGAAAGCAAAAUUGUGGCCCUUUUCGAGAAAGACAUUAUACCUCUCAUCACGACGAAUUCGGCGUGCUGGGCUUUGGUCUCCCGUCUUCGUGCAUGGCGAAGGGACUGGGUAGGUGCGUUGGAUGCGGCCGAGAAGGCAUGGAGGACGGCCGUUGGUGGUGUUGGUAGUGCGCUUUCUGCAUCCAGUGGAACACAAGGCCAGCAGGGAAGCUGGUUGACAAAUGCGGAUGCGUGGGAAGCUGUAGUGCAGAGGACAUCGGAGUUGGUGGCAGCGUACGAAAAUUACGGAUCACGGGUGGAUAACAUUGGUAACAAAUGGAAAGGCAAAGCGAGGAGUGCCGUGAGGAGCAUCAUGGGAAAGGCCAAAGAGUCUUGGGAGGAUGAUCAUAGGUGGCAGACCUUGACGGAUAUGAUGGAUGAUUUGAAAAUGUAGAGUAUAAAGAAUGAGAGUUCAGCUGUCUCUCUUUGAAACAGUGGCGAGCGCACGGAUUCUGCCUACCUACCUACCUUCCUAGUACCUACUAGGUAGGUAGAUAUAGAGAAAAUAGGGAUCUGAGAAGGCCACCUUUCUGAUCUAUACUGGGUACAUGCCUAGGUAGGUAGUAGGUAGGUAAUGAUCAAGCCACCCAAGUGAAAAUCACGUUCACGAUGUUUUUAUUACAAGAGUCAUACGUUGAUUUGUAUCAAAUCUGAUCUGGGUAUAAUGGUAAAGGUAUAAAUUAUGAUUACCUAG